CGAAACUGUUCAGUCGUUGUUUUGGCGUUUGAAACAAAAAGUGCAAGUGUGUGUGAAAAAAGUUUUGUGUGUGUGAAACCAUAGAAAAUCCACUCCAAUACAUCACCAGAGACAGCUAAAGUGGAAAGUAAAAACAUAGCAAAUCGCAAAAGGAAAUUAUACAAAUUACACGCAUGUUUUCACUGUGAUUUCAUUGUAUGAGGCGUUUGAAGAAACUCAUUAAGAUGGCAACGAUAAACUGGACGAGUUUAUGACAAUUGCGAAUAAGGAAUGAGACAAUUAACAUGGUUAUGUAAGAAUUUGUUGCAAUGAAUAAUUUGAUAGACCUAUCAGAGAGGCCAGCAAGUGAAAAUUCAAUGCUGUCGAAUAGUGACGAGUGAUGUCCCUCAAGAAUACACAAAUUAUAAACGAACCUUGAAAAAGACAGUCAUUUCUACAAAUUGGGUGCGUGAACGUGUCAAUUAUCUCCAAUAAAAUUGAGUGUUACGUAUUAAAGCACAUACUACCAUAAGAACCAUACUGGUAUUAGAUGAAAGGAAAAGUAAAUUUUAUCCGUGAAUCACCAGGGAAGAUUACGAAACGCAUAUUUGAGUAACAAAUGGAUGCUCGACCAAUAAAAGAUGUAAAAUUUGAAGUCAACGGAAUUGAUGAUUUUGUAACGGCAGUUAAAAUGUUCGGUGAACCUUUGGAAAGGUUAAAGCAUGAGAUGCGGAAAUUAAACAUGGUGCUCUUGUAAUUUGAAAUGAGCGCUUUUACAAGGAACGUGACCAAGAAUGGGACUACGGCUCGGAACAUAGUUCAAGAUUUAAUGACGUCACGGUCUGAAGAAGAAAGAGCUGGAUUCGUCACGAAUUGCUGUUGAAGGCUGGACAAAUGAGUUUGACUGGUAGCGAACGCGUUCUCCACGAUGAGGCGAAAAUGUGUUUUUUCAAAAUGGACAUUAGUUUUAACGGUAGUUUUAUUGUGUCAGUACGUAUAUUCGCGUCCUCAAGAUGCGUCAACCACCAGUGUUUCUGACAGUGCACAUGUAGAUAAACCAACAGAAAACCCGUUAAGAAGUAGCAGUCCAGAACUUCAGGAGGCAACCAGCGUGAAGGAAGAUUCUUCAAAACCAGCAGACAUUUCAACCGUCCCGUCUGUUACAUCAGAAACCUCUCGAGAUGUCAAAAAUAAAGGACCAGUCAUACGAGACUCAAUCAAAAUGGUUGCUAACCAACUUCUUGAAAAACCUUCAAAUGCUUCAUUGGAUGCGCCAAUCGUACCAGAUACAAGAAUCCCACCAAAACUUAAGAAUCAACUGAGUCACAAGCAUAAAAUUAAAACAAGAAAUGAAGAUGGAGAUGUACCCAUGGAUAAUGCUCAUGCUGGUGUCGCUGUUCCCAUGAGCAUGGAAGAAUUAGAAUCCGAAAAUAAAGUGAGUGAAUCAUCAACUACUAAUGAAGGCAUUUCCACUUGGAUACUUCUCAGCAAUCCUUCAAGCAAAGAAAAUGACACAGUUUCUACCGAACCCACUAAAAUUGAUGAUAGUCAAAAGAAGCAAAAGCCUGUCGUAUUUAAAAACAAAACAAAAAGACCACAAUCUACCAAGGUUAAUAGCGGAAAACGGCCAGUCAUUGGAAGCACCAACAAGUCUGACUUAGUUGCUAGCGGUUCAGCUAUAAAUGAGAAUGUGUUUAAUAAAAUCAAAGAUACAGUUUUGUCAAAUGUACAGAAAAACAAGAGUACCCCUACGCAACGCACAACCACAGUUAUAACUACAACUACAUCUACCACAACAACGGAAGUUCCAACUACAAGAAGAGAAACUGCUACUAAAGCUCCAGCAGCAAUCAUCCCAGUAGUGAAAGUCACUUCAAAGCCAUCCAAGAAGAAAAACAAGAAUAAGCCAAAGACUUCCACUACUCCAGCUCCCAUUCAAGAGUCAGCUUUACUACCUAUGGAACCUAAAGAACAAGAAAUUGAACUUGAAGUUAAUAUGCCAGUAACAACAACUAAGAAGCCUAAACGGACCUCUACCAAAAAGAAGAAUAAGACAAAAAAACGCAAGACCUCCAAACCUAAGCCAGAAGCAGAAACAGCUGUUAGUGAAAUUAAAACAACUGCAAACAAAACAAAAUCUGUAAAGCCAGCGAAAAAACCCAGCUCACAAAGUGGACCAAUAACGACACAAAUCUACAAUUACUUUUCUAGAGAAGUAAUGCCUUCUGUUGGUGUUGGUGUUAUAGGUUUAGCUAGCUUAGUAGGAUUAGCUAGCUAUUUCUUAUACCCAUUCUCAACACCCGUAAGGCGCACAUUCGAAGUUGAUAAAAGAGAUGACCUGUACAAAAAUAACGCAGAAGAAUAUGCAAAUGAAGGCAAUGGUCAAGCAGAAGAAGAAAUGCUUGGGACUGUUCUUGCAGGAAUGCCGGCUCAUUCAAAGCAGAAACUGAACCCUUAUGCCGGCCAGACACAUGUAAGUGUAAGCAGAUACCCUGUGAAGAAAGAGCAAGACAUCAGAUACCGACAUGUAGCGACGACAAGUUACGAACCAAAUUAUAAUGUUCAUUAUCCUCAGCAAAAAACUGGUAUCGCCCAUGGCGCUGUGUAUUCAAAGCCAAUAAACUACGGGCCUCAGCAAUAUGAUACAAGAAACGUAUAUACGACUGAAAGCAAAUACGUUUAUGAUAAGGCACCAAAUGCUUACACUCCUUAUCCCGCUGUAGAGCCAAUUUAUGCAGCGCCUCAAACAGGACCAUCAGCAGUUUCAUCGUAUGGAAAUGACGCAUCUAAUUCAGUAGUUUAUGGCGUAAAGCCAUCAGCAGAUAGUGAUUUCAGACCCGUUUAUCCAUUUGAAGGGAAAAUUUACAGUGAAACCACCAGCAACCCAAUGACGUAUCCACCAACAUCAAUGUAUUUAGGAUCGAAUAAUGAAGAACAGCAGGAAGACACGCAGUACGAAGAAAAUGCAAAUACUAGUCCCGACGCUGUAGACAAUAAGUUUGUCGUUGGUAACGUACCCAAAGAACUAGUAGAGUCUGCAACUCCCGCGGUAGUGCCUGAACAUGGUCCAAGAAACUUGAGGAAGAGAAGACAUGCCGUUUUUCGUAAGCGAGCAAUCACUGGAUCUAUUGAGGAAAUGUUGAAAGAAGCUAAUAAGGACAUUUUUAUUAGCAACGAAAUCGAUGAAAACCCCGGUCUGCUCAUAAGGAACCUGGCCCCAGCCACAGAAGCAGCACCUAUUAAAAACGAAGUGACUACAACACCGGAAGCUAAAGACGUGUAUACUGUCUACGCAAUGUCUGUUGAUCCUACUAAAGAUGAAAAAUCUGUCACUGAAGGAACUCCAACACAGGAUGUCUUAAUUGAGAACGUAUCAACAUUGCCUAUAAACAAUGAUAAAACCGAGACGGAAAUGUCAAACGAUUUAGAAGUCACAACCAAAGCGUUUAGAGUUUACGAAGUGUUUACAAACAAUCCAACAGAAAGUGAAAAACUACAAACAGGUAAAGAUGAAUCUGGAAAAAUUGAUACGACAACCCAAUUCAAAAACAUGAUGACGGAAACGACUACAGAGUUCAAGUCGGAGACGACGUCUACUAUGCCACCUUCACCGUCGCCUAUUUCUGAGACCAAACUACCGUCUUCUCCCCCAAAAAGACCUCGACCAACUAUGCAUCCUGAGGUGAUAACUUAUCCCCCAUUGAACCAGGAAGGUGGUUUCUUCUCUUUCCUCAAACGGCUAGUAGAGUUCAAAUACAGGCUUGGACUGAGCAUUUUGCAGACGACUUCUGAUAAUCUGAACAGAUACCUUCGCAGUAUGGAAGACACAGUACAGAAAGUAGCUAAGGCUUCCCAUUGAGUUUACGUAUUAGAAUAGGCUUUUAUUGAUACUCACCGACUUAAUUUCAUACUCAUAAUGACAUCAAAAUCAUCAACAAGUAUUAUUACAAUUUAUGUCGAAUGGAAGUGAAUAUGAAAAGUUGAUACACUUUACAUUCAUCUUGCAAAAUGACAUUCAUUCAUUCAUGAUCAUUUAUCACUCAGCAGAUAAAUAUAAGAUUAUAUAAAAUGUGUGUAAGAAAAUACAAAUUAUAUUUUCAGAACGUUAUCCUCGGUCAGAAAAUUGAGGGAAACCUACUGAAUUUAUAUUGUGAUAAUUUUAAAAUAUUUAAGUUUAAUUAAGUUCGCAUUUUUCGCAGUACUAACUAGGUGUUGAAAAAAAUUGCUAAUUUGUUGGUGUUUCUGUUGAAACGCGCGGGGUGCUUAAUGUAUGUAUUUAAAAUAAAAUCUGUCAUUUUUAU